CGCGCACCAGCCGUUCUCACGCGCCGCCACAAACGCUCGCAGCUCUCGCAACGAGGAGCAGCGGUGAGAUGUUGGUUCCGCCGCGACCCGCCGGCUCUUCCUUGCUUUCGGGCUUCGCCUCGGAGAGGAGCGCACGGAGGGAAGCCUCUGCUAUGCGCUCAGCCGGGGAGCUGGAAUAAAAGAAGGGGGAAUUCGGUCGGGGGGUGGAUAUCUCUUUUAUUUAUUUAUUUUUUUCCUUUGCGAGGAUGACUGAGUGCUGACAAAGAAAACCGGGGUAGCCCCUCUGGCUUCGGUUUUUUACACCUGCGAACUUAACAAGGCACGCGCAUAAAGCUUGGCCAAAGAUUUUAUUAAUUAUUUUUUUUUAAAUAAACAAUUUUUUUUGUGGAGGGGGGGGAAAGAGAACCAUGCCUGUUCGGAGAGGUCAUGUUGCGCCACAAAACACAUUUCUAGGAGUGAUUAUUCGGAAAUUCGAAGGACAAAAUAAGAAAUUCAUCAUAGCCAAUGCCCGCGUGCAGAACUGCGCGAUCAUCUACUGCAACGACGGCUUCUGCGAGAUGACGGGCUUCUCCAGGCCGGACGUCAUGCAGAAGCCGUGCACGUGCGACUUCCUGCACGGCCAGUUCACCAGCCGGCACGCGGUGGCCCAGGUGGCCCAGGCCCUGCUGGGCUCCGAGGAGCGCAAGGUGGAGAUCACCUACCACCGCAAGGAUGGUUCGAAAUUCCCCUGCACCACUCACAUCAUCCCGGUAAAGAACGAGGAGGGCGUGGUCAUGAUGUUCAUCCUGAACUUCGACUACAUCCAGGACGACGUCAGCUGCGACUCGCUGGAGAGACUCAACCACACGUCUCCCUCCAAAGCUGACCAACGUAGAGGGAGAUUCUUCCGCUUCCGUUUCCCAGCCUUACCUCUCCUGGGCAUCAGCAAGCAGUCCCUUCCCCAAGAGGACCCUGACGCUGUCAUGGUGGAUUCCCCGCGACACAGCGACUGCUCGGUGGCCACACGUGACUACCAGCUUCCCACCACGCGCGAAAGCUGCAGCCCCUCCUACGCCAAUGACACGGCAGCUCUCAUCGGCCCCAGCCACUGCUCAACCCCAGUGUCGGGCCCCUUGGACCACUCGUCCCCCAAGGGCCCCUGGGGUCGGAUGUACCAGGGCCAGGCCGUUGCCCAGACCCAACACCAGAGCCAAGAGGACACUCUUACUGCAGCGCCGUCAAUCCCGGGCCUUACUCCAACUGCCUCCAGAGAGAGCGUGUGCAGUAUUCGCAGAGCUUCCUCUGUACAUGACAUUGAAGGCUUUGGCUGCAAGUCCAAGACUACAUUCAGGGACAGGCAUGCAAGUGAAGACAAUGGUCGCAAUAUCAAAGUAUCGCGCUCCUGGAUGGCUGGGGGGCCACUCAGCCACAUCAAGUCCAGCCUCCUCGGCUCCACCUCCGACUCCAACCUCAACAGGUACAGCACAAUUAACAAGAUCCCCCUCAUCACCCUCAACUUCUCUGAAGCCAACAAUGAAAAGAAGUGCCCCUCCCCUCCCUCUUCAGAGAAGACCAUCAUUGCCCCGAAGGUUAAAGACCGCACACAUAACGUCACAGACAAAGUUACACAGGUUCUUUCCCUGGGUGCAGAUGUGCUGCCCGAGUAUAAACUGCAGACUCCACGUAUAGACAAGUGGACCAUCCUCCAUUAUAGCCCCUUCAAAGCAGUGUGGGACUGGCUCAUCCUGCUGCUGGUCAUCUACACCGCCAUUUUCACUCCCUACUCUGCGGCCUUUCUCCUCAAUGACCUUGAGGAGCAGAAAAGACGGGUGUGCGGCUACUCGUGUUCCCCGCUAAAUGUGGUAGAUCUAAUAGUGGACAUUAUGUUCAUCGUGGACAUCCUAAUAAACUUCCGAACCACUUACGUCAACUCCAACGAGGAAGUGGUCAGCCAUCCGGCCAAGAUUGCCAUCCAUUACUUUAAAGGCUGGUUCCUCAUAGACAUGGUGGCGGCCAUCCCAUUCGACCUGCUCAUCUUUGGCUCAGGAUCCGAUGAGACCACCACCCUGAUUGGCCUGCUGAAGACGGCCCGCCUGCUACGCCUGGUGCGAGUCGCUCGUAAGCUGGACCGCUACUCAGAGUACGGUGCUGCCGUUCUCAUGCUGCUCAUGUGUAUAUUUGCCCUAAUCGCCCACUGGUUAGCCUGCAUCUGGUAUGCAAUUGGUAAUGUGGAGAAGCCUUAUCUGGAGCAUAAGAUCGGCUGGCUGGACAAUCUCGGCGUGUCAAUAGGAAAGAAAUACAACUACAGUGACCCCAGCUCAGGCCCUUCCAUCAAAGAUAAGUACGUCACGGCCCUUUACUUCACCUUCAGUAGUCUGACUAGUGUGGGCUUUGGGAACGUCUCCCCAAAUACCAACUCUGAGAAGAUCUUUUCCAUCUGUGUCAUGCUCAUUGGAUCUCUAAUGUACGCCAGCAUCUUUGGAAAUGUCUCCGCCAUCAUCCAGAGGUUGUACUCAAGCACAGCCAGGUAUCACCUCCAGAUGCUGCGAGUCAAAGAAUUCAUCCGCUUCCAUCAGAUCCCCAACCCACUCAGACAGAGGCUGGAGGAGUAUUUCCAACAUGCGUGGACGUACACCAACGGCAUCGACAUGAAUAUGGAGGUCCUGAAGGGUUUCCCAGAGUGCCUGCAGGCGGAUAUUUGCCUCCACCUUAACAAGAGCCUCCUCCAGGGGUGUAAGGCGUUUCAUGGAGCAACUAAGGGCUGCCUCCGGGCCCUGGCCAUGAGGUUCAAGACCACCCAUGCACCCCCUGGAGACACAUUGGUGCACAGCGGAGACGUGCUCACGGCGCUAUACUUUGUGUCGCGGGGUUCCAUUGAGAUCCUUAAAGAUGACAUUGUGGUGGCCAUCCUAGGUAAAAACGACAUCUUUGGUGAGAUGAUCCACCUGUUUGCCAAGCCUGGGAAAUCCUGCGCAGACGUACGAGCUCUGAGCUACUGCGACCUCCACACCAUUCAGAGGGAGGAAAUCCUGGAGGUGCUUGACAUGUACCCCGAGUUUGCUGACCACUUCUUCACCAACCUGGAGUUGACCUUUGAUCUUCGGGAUGAAAACGCAAAGACAACCUACCAAAGUGACUCUAACAUGGUUGAUGUGAAGUGUCGAAGAAGGAUUUCGUAUAAGAGAAAAUCCUCCACAGGCUCGAACAACAAGGAGCCGGCGACCCCGCACCGCGACACCAAGCAGGGCAGGAACAUCUACGCCUCAUCACCAGCCGAGGAGAGGAGAGAGUCUGCUGAGGAGGGCGAGGAGGAUGAGGAGGAGGAAGAGGAGGAGGGUAGGGAGGAGGAAGAGGAACAGAGGCCCUUGUGUUCUGGUGUGCUAGGCUACCCGGUGGUUAGGGACCACACCCUGGUUCUUGGGCUGAGCAGUGCUCCUGAGGCACAGGCUGGAGACAACACACAGAACCAGGAAUAUAAAGAGCUCCAUGCAGAAGACUGGGUGUGUCAAGCGUCCUGGCGAGGCGGCCGAGGAGCUGGCUCAGAGCCGUGAGAUGCCCGCUGUGGAGGACGACAGCGACACGGACCUCACCUACGGAGAGGUGGAGCAACGGCUGGACCUGCUGCAGCAGCACCUUAACAGAUUGGAGUCCCAGAUGACGGCAGACAUCCACGCCAUCCUGCAGCUCCUCCAAAGGCAAACUGCGGUGGGUCCCCCCGCCUACAGCACCGUCACUUCCAGCCCCGAGUACCAC